AUGACCACUCCCUCUGGUGUGAUUGGUUCUUCCAGGAACGGACCCUCUCAUGAACUCACGCAAACCCUUGGAAGCUUUCGCAGCAGCAGUCAAAUCAAUAGUGCGACACAGCCAAAUGAAGGUCGCGCCGGGGACGCCGAGGAUAGCCUUCUGCAAUCGGUUUCGCGUUCCGAGCUAGAUGUUUGCUCCCUUAGGGAGGUCCUUAGCUCACCGAGAGGUUUUCUACUUAAAUUCUCAGAUACCGCACUGUUGUUUCGGCCAGAGUUAAUCAGAUUCUAUCAAAAUCCUAUCAUGGCUACUUUUACUUCAGUUUCUCAGAACACUUCAUCUGAGUUCAGACAUUACGACCCUACAUUACUCAAGCGUACACAAUCUAAGCCUAAGGCUAAGAAGACUGAAAAGAAUGUUCGUAGAAAUGAUGGAGAAGUAGCAACUCAAUCUUUAGGAUUGCUACUCCAAGAAAGCGGAAACAACCUUCCCGCCGUCCCUCAACAGACACUCCAGGUACACACAACAGGCCAUGUGGAAGAUGUUGAGGGCAUUGACUCAGAAAAGUGCGAUCUGUUUGGAGUAGACCAUAGAACAGGCACCCAUGAGUUUGCAAUGGGCGAUAGUCACUACCAGCUUCGCCACUUACGUUCGAUUACCGAAAGUGACGCAACCAGCAAUCACCACAACGCUACAAAGUUUCAGCUCAAUAACGGUUCUCCCAAUUCUCAUGAAAAAAGCCAGUAUUGUACCAUUGCCAAUGAGAAGGACCACGCCAAACAGCACAGUGAUCUCCAUACAUCUGUAGAGUACGCUUUCUCUAUAGAUGAUAUCGAACGUACUUACCAUGUCAAAUUAGGACCAUUAGUGGAAGAUGAUACGUUCUCUAGCGUCGCUAGUGUGGUAAAUGGAUCAUCAAACAGCCAAAAACGAUCGUAUCAAUAUUUGGUUGGUGAUGAAACAAUAAGUAUCCUAGAAGCAGUGCCGAACGCUGUGUCGAAUCCAGAGCUGGAUCGUCGUCGUCCAUCGAAGCAGCGAAGGAUGGCUGAGCGAGAGGCACGGAGCCCCACAAUCGAACGUACAUAUAUGCCUAAGCCAACGCCCUUGCCGCAUUCUUACGACCAAGCCUCCCGUCUUGGUACUCGUGACAGCUCUAUUCUCAGUUCUUUAAAUGCUGGCCACGACGAAUAUUGUACCACAAGUCUAGCCCUACCUACAACUGAUCUCUACAGUGUAGAACAUCGCGACGGCACUUAUAUCAAGGGAUCAGUUGAAGAGCGACUACAAGCACGACGAUCUAUAGCCCUUUCCGAAGAACUGGAGCCAGAAGAAGACAUUGGCCAAGAAUCCAGUAGGGAUGUGGUGAAUACACAAAGUAGCGGUAGAAAAACUGGGGAAAUCAUUCAAAAGAAACUCGGCCGCAAUGGGUCAUGUAUCAUCCCUCCAUCGAGAUCCCAACGGCCUAGACGCAGGGCAUGGACACCUGAGAUGGGACGUGGGAAUUCAAACACUGCUCCCAGAUCAUUGGACUACAAUACGGCACCUACGAAGCCAUCACAACAAGUAAGAUUGACCCAGCUACAACAAAGUUCGAUAUCGGAGCGGCUCAACACCGAAAAAGGGUCGCAAAUUUAUCUCUCAGGAUCGAAUUCUCUAGGCACGACAGCCGAAGAUGGAAAUAAUAUCGACUAUGAAUCGAGAUCUAGCAUGUCUUGUCAGAUCAAAGAUCUAACACUUUGCGCUAUUCCAGAUGACUCUUCGGUCGUGACAGCGAUAUUGCAUCUUUCCAGCUCAAAUCAUUCUCUCAGUCUACUAGCGCUAGGUCACAAGGUCACUGGCGAACAAGGCAAAGUUAUCCGCAUGACCCAGCUAUCGCCAGAUUCUUGGUUGCUGCUGGGAUACCGUUGUAACGGCAGCCCUGCAGAUCUCAGUAACUGCGAGCGCUUGAACAAGAAACGAAUGAACAGCGCCCAUAGUGACGCUGUUAGUAAUGGAACGGACCGCUCAAAUGACAGCUGUGACGAAGACGAUGAGAAUGGAGAGGAAAAUACAAAAGAACACAGCCGACGGACGCACAAGCAGUGGCUAGAGUCAGAAGAAGUGCUUUUACUAUCAUUGAAAGAUAAACAGGGAAUGGAGUGGGAAGAGAUUUGUAAACGCUUCCCUAGCCGGUCGCCAGGUGCAGUAAAACUACGCUACUACACACUAAAGAAACGGUCGUGA